AUGUCAACUUUUGCUUGGCUUAUUAAUCAAGCAAGCGGAAUGCUCAUUGGCACCGAUGCAUUGUCACAUUCUACUUCAGAAUCUAAACCAACUGGUGGAGCUGCCAUUGACCGUCAUUCUUUCGAGUUUCUCAGAACAUUGGAACCUAGAGUACAUAAAAUAUUAACCUUGUCGGCAUUGCAAUUGGGCAAACCGCAAGUUCAGGCUGAUUUUGCUGCAGACAUGAGAGAUUUGGCUGAAGUAUUGGUUUGGUCAGACAAUAGAAACCUGGACGAUUGUUUUGCAUUGUUUAUUGAGAAAAAUGUACAUCAAGUGCUGUUGAAUAUUUUAAAACAUGCUGCCGAUUUUGACGGGAUCAUUCUUGCUGUACUCAGAUUCUUCAAUGUGUUUCUCGAGAGCGUCAAGAGUGGAAAUAUCAUGUAUUUUAUGCUGUCCAAUUACUACAUCAACGACAUCAUCUCAGUCCCCCUUAAUAAAGCCCGAUCAUAUCCGCUAUUUUCGCAAGCCACUAUUUAUCAUUAUCAUCAAGAGUCCAUGGUUCGUGUUGGAGUACGCACUAUAAUUCUUAAUCUUCUUAACGUCAAUGAUCCGGAAACUCUUGAUUUUAUUAUUCAAGACAGAUUAUACUUUAUUGGUGUAGUAGACCACAUGGCUGGAAUUCUUCAAUCACUAUGUGGAUUCAUGGAAGUCAAAAGUCACGCGGAUUCGCAAGAGCAGUUGGGAUUGUUUUUGGAAUAUCUAGAAUAUUUAAACGAAAUUUUUUCAUUGGAGUUGGAAAAUGCCAGCAAGCCUUUAGCAGCGGCAUUUUUAGAACGGAUUGUUGUAGCAUCCCUAAUGGAAAAACUCUUCAAAGGUGGAGAUUCUACAGCCGUUGCUAUUUUUAUUUUGACUCGAAUUCUAGCUGGCGGUAUUUGCUACCAGCCUCUUACUGAUUUUAUUGUAGAAUUGCUUUUUUCUACAAAACCUGCAACCCCAAAAGAUGCUUUAUCUCCAUCAGAUUCUAGUUUCUCUCGUGCAUCUUCCAUACUUUCUGUUGGGUCUAGCCUGGACAUCAAUUCAAAUACGUCUGCUCGACAGCUUCUAAUGGGUAAUCUUUCUUUAAAGUCCGAUAUGCAACAUAUGAUGCUUACGUUGGCAUUACUGUAUACGAUUGUCACAUCAAAUGUAUCACACAAUGUACUGGAUUCUGCAAAACUUUUAUCUGCCAAAGUGCGGAAAACAAAAUCGAUUAUGAGCUCAUUGAUGGACUUGGAAGAUCCCACUGAUACUGUAGGGAACAGCACAAGCCCGGUUUCACUACAAAGCGACACUAAAGAUAUGUUCCUUGAGUGUGAUUUUAAGCUGGUGGAUCGACUAGUCGCUAUUCUUGCUGCAGAAGAAAUUUUUACCUAUCCACUAUUUAUUUCACAGUUGGUAUGUCAUUUGAUAGUUGAGCUUGUAGGAAGCUCAUGCGAGUUGCCUUUAGAAACCAAUACUUUGAUAAAGAAUUCGUUUACCCAAAGCACCACACGCUUCAAAACUGCUUUGGACAUUGAUGCAUCCAUGUGCAUGGAUAUUUACGAAUUUGAGACACAGCAGACUGCGUUGAGUCUUGAUUACAUUAUUUCCAAUGGCAAUUAUUUGAUCCAGUCAUACAAUCAAUCCAGUUUAUCUGCCGACUCUACCAAUCUGAUUCCGCUUAGUAUUGCUGUUAAAACAUGGCUAUUGUUUUAUGAUUGUCUUUGCAAGAUUGGAAUGAGAAGAGCUAUCCUACCACCUGCGUUUGACUGGGCUAGCCAACCCGUACUUCCGAAUUGGAGUGUUUGUGAUAUUGCUCCAUGUGUAGUGCAAAAAACAGAAAAUGGUCUUACCUAUCCACCAGAAAAUCGAUAUUUUGUAGAAUGCGAAACACAUUUUGUACUUGCAGAGCCUCUAUCUCGCAAACAUCAACAGGAACGUGCCACAACAGACAUUGCUGCAGUGUGUCAAUACAUGCGUUGGCCUAGAAUCCAGAUUGAGCUUGUUGGUGCAGAUUUGUAUGCAGUGGAUGUGCUUGAAGUACAGCCAAUAUUUUCUGAUACAUCCAUUCAGAGAGUCACAUCAGGUUUAUAUGGAUUCCAAGUGAUUGUGGGUAGUAAAACCACAUGGCGCGGACGACUUGUGUUUGGUGCGAAUGAUGCUCAAGAGCGAGUCCGUGGAUUUAUUGCACAGCAACAAUCGGCAGCUAUUUUGGCUUGGAAGCGUAAUAUAGAGCAUUUGCUUGAACAGCUACGAUGGAGAUAUGCAUGACGAUCUUUUUAGAUUGGUGUAGAAACUUGAAAAUGCAGUAUGGCGUAUCAAUGUAUUUAUUAUAAACUUU